AUGUCCCGAAACCCGAGCGAUUCCAUCCUCUUUCUUGUUGGUGCCGCCGCAUCCUUGGCUUUAAGCCUUCUGGCUUUCUACCUCCAAAAAGACAAUGGGCCCAAGAUUGAGAAAAUGGAUUGCUUUGAAAAGCUACCAGCGGAGCUCAAGUUCCUUGUAUUCGAGCAGUGCUACUCACUACGCGAUGUAGCAUCACUCAGCGCGGCUUCUCCGUCAGUACGAGCUUGCUACCGAGCGAACCGAGAUAAGCUCCUUGGAUAUCACAUACCUUACAUCAGAGAGAUAUUCUAUAACGACGAGCUUAUCCCUUUGGCUUUGAUGGUUGCAAGGAUGCGACAUCGCUUGAAAAAGGGCUAUAGAAUGCAUCAACUGAUGGGACUACUGGAAGAUUAUGUUCGUGGGGGCAGGUCUAAGCUGUUUCGGCGGAAGUUUGACCAUUGGGAAGAGAACCUCGCACAAAUCCAAGAUCUAGUUAAUACCAGCACAGAGAUUAUGGAGAUCUGUCCGAGGAAGGAUUACGACCCUUCAGCCGUAUUUCACAGGCCCGUUUUGUCUAAGCUCUGGCACCACCGACUCGUGGAAACCUAUCUGCGUGAAGAGAUCAGCACCACUAUGAAACUCUAUGGCGACAGCAUAAUGUUUCCGCCCCAGGAAAGUCUCAGUUCUGAACUAUACGUGUUCUUGUUCACGAACAACUAUGUGGGAAGCAGGCUGCCCGAUGCUUAUACCGCUGAUAUGGUAGACAUACAAACCGCUCUUUGUCGACUUGGUGAUAGAGUCUUCCAAGCCUGCCAGGACACAGGUUGUACCACUGGCGAUCCCUUGCAGCGCCUCAGGAUGUCGGAGGAGAGGAGGCAUGAGAUACAAAGUUGGAGAGAAGAGCGAAAGAAAGCCUGGAAAGAGGAGGACCAGAUGGCUCAGAAUGGGCAAGUUGUGGUUUACAACGGUUAUGGGCGGCUUUUGCGAGCUGAUGAACUGGUUCAAACGAAUCAAACAUGA